UAUAUGUAUUGCUUCCUAGUUUUUACAUUGUUAUGACUGAAGAUUUUGAUUUUAUAGAUAAAUACUUUCUUGUGGAUGCUGGGUAUACAAAUGGGCCGGGGUUUUUGGCACCUUAUAGAGGGACUCGCUAUCAUAUAAAGUCUUGGAGAGAAAAUGGUCCAAGAAACUACAAGGAGUUAUUUAACCAACGUCAUUCCUCUGCUAGAAACACAAUUGAGAAGGCAUUCGGAUUGCUAAAAAAGCGAUGGGCUAUAUUACAGACAGCUAGCUUUUAUAGUGUUAAGACUCAAAUUAGGAUCAUUAAUGCAUGUUGUAUUCUUCACAAUUUUUUACGUGAAGAGAUGAAUGAAGACGACUUGUUGAAUGAUGUGGAUCGAGAAUUAGAAGAUGAUCCUGUUUUAGAAAUUAAGAAUGUAGAUGAGGAGCGUAUCACCACUGUGGAAAAGUUUUAUUUGUUGAAGUCACUUCCUGAUGAUGAAAAAAGAGAUUUUAUUCUCUUUAUUCUUAAGGAGUAGUUUCUAGUUUUCAGGUCGGACUACUUUUCUUCAUCUCAAUGUUAUUCUUCACAAUAUU